CGUUGCAGCGCAGAUAGGCGGCAAAGGCGAGGCAUCAGUCGGGCUCAAACGUGCGCUCGUCGCGGGUUCAAUCCCUACGAAGAACGGUGCUUGCUUAUAAAAUCACAUAAUUUGAAGAUUAAAGAAAAGUAUGAAAUAAUAAUAAAGUUACGUCAAUCACGGAUGACAAUCAACGAAGGGAGGGUGGGGAUCCCUUUAAAAGUGAUGAAAUACACCGGUCACGGUUGACCACUGGUAACAGUCAAUAAGGGAUGAGAUAGCAGUCAAGAGAGAAAGAGAGAGAGAGAGAGAGAGAGAGAGAGAAAAAUCACCGGAUGUGAUUAGAUGUCGUGAUUCAAUCUCAUGUUAACUGAUUGUGUCGUCAUUACGUUUGACUAUUUUAUUUCAACACCUUUUGUGUCUGUGUAUGUGCGUAUGUGAUUUCAACUAUUAUCAUCGUGCUAUAUUAUUUAUUACUGUAUUUAUGAACGUCUGUGAUUGAUGAACAACAAGAACAACAAAACAACAAUAAAAAAAAAAAAAUCAAAUAACACGAGAUGAAUUUUCAUUGUGUCAAAGGUAAACGCAAGACGUAUCAAAAUUUAAUAACAAUAAUAAUAAGCAAACGUAGUACACGUGAUGCGUCAAAAUAUUGAACAAUUCCGAAUGACUGUGACACGUACGAAUAAUAAUAAUAACAAUAAUAAUAAUAAUAAUAAUAAUAAUAGUAAGAAGAAUAAUAAUAACAACAGAUUGUUGGAAGUAUCAAGGGAAUAUAAUCGUCGUGUUAUAUUGAAAGAAAGAUUAAAGUUACGUUUGUGGCAUCAUGGCCACGUGCGUUUUAAUAAAAUUUUGACGAGACACCAAGGUGUAAUCCUCAAAGUAGGAUACGUUAAUGGUCUAGAGGAUAAUAAUUCACUGGACGAAGUAAAAGAGUAAUGAUCAGAGCAAAGCGGUUUGAUUUGAUAACCGCGACUGUUAAUCCGGUGAUUCCAGUCACCUGGAGUCGACAAUCAAAUCAAAGACAAGACAAAUGUAACAAAUAUUCAUUGCUGAAAAUCUUGUUAAUAUUGUGUUGCAUAACCGGUGCUUAUUGCGAUCAAUACGAGUCGAAAAAGAGAUUUCCACGUGGCAUGAAGGAUCUACAAGUAGUCAUAAACAAUGAUAAACCUUUAUAUGGUCGUUGUGAUUUCGAAACUAUCUGUCAUUGGUAUUGGAUGAACAAUACUCAGGCGUUAAUAACCAAUAAAGGCCUUUUAGGAGUGUUAGUAAAUGCAUCUAGAACGAAAGGAAAAUAUUUAGAAUUUACUGGCAGCGGCAAGGGUUCAGUAUAUUCCACUUACAUACCACGAAGUGGAUCACAUUGUCAUUUGACUGUGAGAAUUGUACAAAAACAAAUGAAAAAUGGAGAAAUUUAUUUCAUAAUAAAUACGAGAAAUCAGACAUAUGUUGCUAGUAAACGUACUGGUAAUAAUAAUGGCGAAUGGGAGUUAUUACAUUUCAACAUCGGUUCUAUUCCGCAAGAAUUUCGUCUAAUUUUAGAAUUUGCUUUACCAAAUAAUAAAUCAAUCGUAGGUAUUGAUGAUAUUCGUUUGGUCGAUUGUUUUCCAGAUAAUCCACUAGAAGUUAUAAAUUGCACGGACGACAUGUUUCGUUGCAAUAAUGGUUCCUGUUUGAAUAGAACAAGAAUAUGCGAUUUGACGAAGGAUUGUCCCGAAGGAGAAGACGAAAAUCAAGAAUGCGAUAAAGUACCGCCAUGUGCUAGAUGCAAUUUCGAAGAUGGUUGGUGCGGUUGGAAAAAUGUUCCAGGAAAUGUAUUCAAUUGGACUCUUAAUAAUGGUCCAACGCCAUCAGAAAAAUCUGGACCAAAUUAUGAUCAUACUUAUCGCAAUAUAACGGGAACAUACGUUUAUGUGAAUACCGCUAAAGGAUAUUAUGGUUACGAAGGAUUAUUGGAAAGCCCGUUGUUUAAUCCAACACCACCAUAUAGUAACGAUCCAAAUAGUUCUUAUCAUCAUAGUUGUCAAAUACGAUUUUUUUAUCAUCGUCACGGUGUACCUCGAGGUUCUUUAGGAUUAUUUUUGGUUCAAGUUAAACCACAUAGAAAUCAUACGCAAUUAUUAUGGUGGUCUUCUACCGAUAAAAGCGACGAUUGGUAUAAUCAAGCUAUACCUCUUCCAGAAAUUCGAUUUAGAUAUUAUUUUGUAUUUGAAAUAAGAAAAGGAUAUGGUUCGAAAGGUGAUAUAGCUAUAGAUGAUAUUUCACUCAGUCCAGAAUGUUUUGGUAUAGGUGUACCACCAGAAGUUGUUGGAUCUUUUGAUUAUUAUAAUCCAAUAAUAGAAUCUGAAAUUAUUCCUGAACCACACAUUGACUUUGUUAAUAAAACAGUCAUUCAUAUUACUACUUGUGGUGCUACUGGUAGAGUAGGUCCGACCGUAGAACAAUGUAUGGAAGAACAUAAUGGAACUGAUGUCAAAUUGGUCGAAUUACCAUCUAAAUCCUAUCAAGCGAAUUUUCCUUUUGCCAAUUUAACUGGAAUUCAAAGUUGGAUAGCACCAAGUGGUGGAUAUUAUACUUUAAUUGGAAUGGGUGCACGUGGUGGACGUGGUGCCAGUGAUAUUGGCAAUUCCUUUGGUGCGCUUGUUCGUGGUGUCGUUGAAUUAGAAAAGGGUGAACAACUUUAUUUUAUGAUUGGACAACCUGGUACUGACGCGUGUCCUAAGAAUUUAGGAUUGAGGGCAAAAAAGUGUCACACACGACACGAUGGAAUAACAGAAUUGGGUGGUGUGCCGUCUGUAAUGGAAAAAGUUAGAAAAAUGGAGGUGAAAGAUGGCGGAGGUGGCGGAGGUGGUGCUACUUAUAUAUUUACCGUAAAGAGCAAUAAUGAUCACGAACCGUUGUUAAUCGCUGCCGGUGGUGGUGGAUUGGGAUUACGUUUUGGACAAGAUAAUGAUGAUGGUAUACAACAUGGGAAAGGUCUUUCAGAAAUUUCGAACAAACCUGAUUCUGGAUUAGCGAUUACUGAAAACGCAGGUCCUGGGGGUGGUUGGAAUAGUUCAAGCAGUGUAUCACGAAUAGCAGCUGGUGUUCCUUUGGUUCGGGGAGGAUAUGGUGGUGCUGGUUGUGGUUCAGGAAAAGAAGGUUACGGUAAUGGUGGAUUUGGUGGAGGUGGUGGGGGUUGUUUAACAGGUGGUGGGGGUGGUGGUUAUAUAGGAGGUAGUACAGGUUUAAAGGAUUCCGGUAAUGGCGAGGGUGGAUAUUCUUACGUUUCGCGUGAACUGCUUCACGUUUAUUUUAAACCUGCUGCUAAUGAUGGACCAGGUGAAGUUUAUAUAAUACCUGCCAUUAGUAAUUGCGGUUGUGAUUUUCGUUGCGUUGCUCUCGAUCAAUAUUUGAGCGAGAUCAAAUGUUUGUGUCCACUUGGUUGGAUACUCGAUAACGAUUCCAGAUCCUGUAACAUGGCCAACGAUUCAAAUGUGUCUUAUCAAAAGUUUAUGAUUUCGUUAAUAGUUUCCAGUACUAUUUUAUUAUUAGUUUUCACCGGAGUCGGUUGGAUGCUUUAUAAUCGUUAUCAGAAUCGUAAAGCUCUUUUACGACGUCGUCAAGUGAUGUUUGGAAACGGUACCGAAUUGACAGCAUUGGGAACUGUCUCGGACUCUAUGAUGACAGAAUUUAACCCUAAUUACGAAUUCGCUGGUAAUUUAUAUAGUAUUAAAGAUUUAUAUCAGAUACCACGUGAACAUAUCACUUUGGUUAAACCACUUGGACAAGGUGCUUUUGGUGAAGUAUUUCAAGGAGUAUACAGAUACAGACGUAACGAGGAACACCCAGUAGCUGUUAAAACUUUACCAUCAUUGACAACGUCACAAGCUGAAGCUGAUUUCAUGAUGGAAGCCCUUAUCAUGAGUAAAUUUAGUCAUCCCAAUAUAGUACAUUUUAUUGGAGUAUCUUUCGACAGGCAUCCAAGAUAUAUCGUAUUAGAAUUAUUAGCUGGUGGUGAUUUGAAAAAUUUUCUUCGAGAAGAAAGACCGAGACCGGAUCGUCCAACCACUUUAAAUAUGUACGAUUUGAUAAUGUGUGGUUAUAAUGUUGCCAAUGGUUGCAAAUACAUGGAAGAAGCACGUUUCAUACAUCGCGAUAUUGCUGCACGUAAUUGUCUUCUCACGAGCAAAGGAUCUGGUCGUAUUGUCAAAAUUGCAGACUUUGGUAUGGCUAGAGAUAUAUACAGAAGUGAUUAUUAUAGGAAAGGUGGUAAAGCAAUGUUACCUAUUAAAUGGAUGCCACCAGAAAGUUUCCUCGAUGGUAUAUUUACAACGAAAACCGACGUAUGGGCUUUCGGUGUUCUUUUAUGGGAAAUCAUGUCGUUUGGAUAUAUGCCAUAUACCGGUUGUGCCAAUCGUGAGGUAAUGACAAUGGUAACGUCAGGUGGUCGUUUGGAAAAACCAGCUGGUUGUCCUGAUCCAAUUUAUGGAAUAAUGACACGUUGUUGGCACCCAAUACCGGAAGAUAGGCCUAGUUUUGCUACCAUCACUGAAAGAAUCGAUUAUUGUUUACAGGAUCCCGAUGUGAUAAAUCAUCCAACACCGAAUUAUGAUAUUUUACCAGCAUGCGAUCGUGAAAUAACUAUUAUGAGACCGGAUCCUGAAACGGAAUGCAUCAAUGUACAUUCUGACUCAGCGAUAAUGGAUGGUUACAUGCAACCAAGAGAAAUGGAUUUUCGUUCAGUUUCUUAUCGCAUUGAAUCAGCUACAAAUAACAUGGCACAUAAUCAUCAAAUAAAAUUCGAUAGUGGAACUACGAACGAUAAUAUAACACGAACGAGAGAUACUCAACAACAACAACAACAACAACAACAACCAGGACAAAGUAAUUCAUAUAAAGAUAAUUCAAAGAAUAUUGAUAACGAGGAUAAUUUUGGAAAUGCGAUUCUUGACAACGAUCGCAAUAAAAGAACCGAGGAUGAACGUAACGAAAGCUUUAGGAUGAAAGACGAGACGAAAGAAAAUUCAGAACCUUCGGAUAAUGGAAACGAUCCAGCCGAUGAUCAGGAAGAUUUUUUUAGCGAAAACAGCGAUGGAACUGAUUUAGCUGCUGAUAGAAAAAAUGGUAAUGAAAGUACUACAACGACUGAUACUAAUUCCGAUUCGAUGGCAGUUGUACCGGCUAAUACGUCGACCGAUACGACGAGUAAUUCAACACCUAACACGCGUACUUGUUCUCCUAAUCGGAUCGUACUCAAUGCUAACGUUAACAAUGUCAAUGGUAUAUUGAAGAAAAGUGCGUUAAAGGCUGCACUGAGUUUAGAUCCAAGCGCUUUGUACCGUGGCACGAUACAUUACGAGAAGAUACCAUUUUCUGCACCACCAGAACGUUCCAGUACACCUGGAAGUAUCGAAUUAACCAAGGAUUCUCUUGGACACGAGUUACCUAGACAGGAGGAAUGUUCUUGCUGAGAAUUGUAUGACGGGGGCUGACCGGAUUCCCCCGCAAAUGACCCUACAAUGGCGGUAAUUGCUAACAAAAAUUGCAAACAAUUGCAAAGAUCAGCUACCAUUUCCGCGAUAACGUUUAAAUUGACGCAAUCAUCGACCAUACUUUGGACAUCCGCUGACGAGAUGUCUUCGCGAUUUUAUUCCCAGGAGACCCUACUAUGAACAAUCCUGCGACAACAUUGUUCCAACAUCUUUUAUCUUUUUUACUUUUCUUAUUUUUUUUUCCUCUCUUUUUUUUUUUUUUUUUAUUUCUUUCCCAUGUUCCUAGACACAUGGUGGACCUAAAAUUCUUGAUAGCAAUGAGAAAUCAGGGAAAUAUUACAAUUAGAGAACAUAAUUGUAUAUAAAUAUAAAAUUGGAAUAAUUGAUUUCUUAAUAAAUUGUAAUUCAAAAUUAAUCUGAUACAGUGUGCAUCAUCUGUUGAUUGGCGUUACAAAUUUGAUUACAGACUUUUACUAAUCUAUUCUUUUGUAAUUUGUUUAUUAUUAGAACGUUAACUAUCAAAUAACAUGUGUGUGAUGACAUACUAUUGAAAAGUACAAACAUACUUCUCUUCUGUGUAAGAAUCAUCAUUUAUUUCAUUUAUAAUAAUGAAAUCUGUAACACCAAUUAAUUAUGCACACGUAUUAGAUUGACAUUUUUUAUUGCAAUUUAUGAAGAAACAAACGAGAUUUCGUUAUUCAUUGAUUUACAUUUUUUCUUCAUUUUGAACUUGAUUAUUUCUCAGAUCUCACUUGUAUCAAAAAUUUUGAUCCCACUUUAUAUACGUAAAUGUAUAUAUAUAUAUGUAUUACAUGUACAAAUAUGAAACUGUAUAGUAACAAAUUAUUACAAUGACGAAUGCAAAAAGAUUUAUAAGUGAUUACAUUAUGAAAAGUACAAGAAGAAAAAAGAAAAGAAAAGAAAAGAAAAGAAAAGA